AUGGGUUGCGGAGCAUCGAGUCAGAAGCAUGUGGCGGAACCUUCCACACCUCAUAAGGUGGCCAAUUCAUCCAAGAUGAGUCAUGAUGAAGAAGCUCAAAAGGGUGAUGAUCAUCAGCAUAAAGCGGAAGAGCGAGUAGUAGCACCUUCUCAUCAGCAGCAAGGUUCUUCAUCCGAAUCAACUGAAGAUAGUAAGAAGAACCAACAACAACCUCCAUCCGAAGAGAUUCAAGAGGAGAAGGCUGUUCCUCCACCAUCCGAUCAUCACAAAGAUUCAUCAGCUUGUCAUCAUAACCAUGGUCAAAAUGAAGAAAAGUCUGUACCGCCCAAGAAAAGAAUUAAGGAAGAGGAGGAUGAUCAUCAGCAGCACAUUGCACAACCACCAUCUCAUCAUCAUGAGCCUGUCGCCGGUCCUCCCGAGUUGGAGCACCCUGAAAACGUGAAGGAAUCCGAGGAGUUUGUACCACCUGAAUAUGGUGAAGAGGAAGAGAAAGCUGCCUCUAUUAUUCAGAAAAAGUAUAAGGAAUUUUCGGCAAAAAAGAAAGUUGACAGAAUGUUGAUGUGCUAUUUGUGUGGUCAAAAGUUUGGACCAACUUCUCUGCCAAUUCACUUGAAGCCCCAUAAUUGUCCAGAACAACGAAUGAACGACAUGAAAGCGAAUCUGCCAAAAGAGUUGGUUCUGUCUCAAUUGCCUUCCCCACCUCAACAUCCUAUUCCUGAUGCUGAAAAGGGGACUCAGGAAGAGGUCGAUGCUUACAACAAUGAGGCUUAUGAAAUUUACACCAAGCAAAGUAUGAUUCACUGUCCUAUUUGUUCGAAAGGGUUCGAAAUUGAUCGAUUGACGAAACACUUGCAAAUUUGUAAAGAUAAGGAUGGUCACACAUGGGAAGAGCAUCAAGCAGCCAUUGCCAUUCAAAAGAAUUGGAACAAACACUUGACCAAAAAGAUGCUUUUCUGCUAUUGUUGCGGCCAAGAAUAUGGUACCAAGUCUUUACCAAUUCACAUCCCAGAAUGUAUUAAAAAAAGAGAAGCUAUUUGGAAGCAUUCAGGACUACCUGAGGAUUUGAUAAAACCAAUUCCCGAAGCUCCACACACACCAAUUCCAGGAUCUAGUGAUCCCUCUGAGAGCUUUAAAUCUUACAACACAGAGGCUAGAACUAUUUAUAUUGCAAGUAUGGCUCAAUGCCCUGGUUGUCAUAGAAAGUUUGAACCUGAUCGAUUGGUGGUUCAUUUACACUCUUGUCACUCUGUGAACAAAGAAAAUCCUGUUAAUUAA